UUUAGUGCGAACAAUAUAUUAAUCUGUGGGAACAAGAUAUAUUUUACAUUUUUAAAGGACACGGGCUCCGUACUUCCCAGUUAUUAUUUAAUUGAUGCUAUGGCGAUUUUAUGACUAAGUUGUUGGGAAUAUAUUCUAUUUUAGAGACGUUGUCCUCACAGUUUCUCAGUACGCUAGUUAUUACGUGGAAGGGGCAUUUGGAAAAAUACAGUUAUCAUCUGGAAUAACAAUAUUUAGUUUAUGUUUAUAUAUCUGUGUUCAAGCUUAACCUCGGUGCUUUUUUUUCUUUGAUUGAGUGCAGCUUUUUUGACAAUCUUGGUUAGUAAACUGAUUUGAUUAGAAUCCCAGUUUAUGUUUAGUGAUACUUAAAACAGAUGAAAUCAUUGUUUUUUAAAGCACCAGCUCUACUACUUGUCUGAAAAAAACAUUCUCCUCCCAAAACUGUGUUGUCGUUAUGAAGUAAGGUUAUUUGUUUGGAUUCCCAAAAAUAAUAACCUGCCAAAUUAACAUUUUGUUUUUACUUUUUGGGCUUUAUGUAUUGGAAUUUCUGUCCUAAGGCACUAAAACACUAAAAGCAGUGCUUCUGUUUUCCACCUUUAAAACAUUUAUGUUUAACCUGUUUGGUCAUGUCUGAUUCUCUGAUGCUUCAGUUGCAUAAAAUGAAAACUUUUCUUUCUUACUGUUUUGCACUCGUUUAUUUUUACAAAUGUGAAUGUGUAAAACUGAGCCUCUUGCUGCACUGAACCAUAGUUAGAGCAUUCAAAUUUGAAUUGAGUUUGAAUUGUCUUCAUCUUUGAUGUUUUAUUUUUGUAUCAUGUAUUGAUUUGUCAUUGUGUAGAGCACGUUGGGCCUCCUUUUAUGGUGGUGAAAGUUGCUCUAUAAAUGAAAUGAAAACCAAAAGCCCUGAUAAAGGACAUGUUAUGAAAUUCUUUGCAGAUAACCUUCUGGGGAUUUCUUGGGUAGACAGUAGCUGGGUACCGAUCCUCAACCCUGGGAAUGUUUUGGACUAUUUUUCUGAGAGAAGUAACCCGUUUUAUGAGCGAAGCUGCAACAAUGAGGUGGUGAAGAUGCAGCGGCUCUCACUGGAGCAUCUCAAUCAGAUGGUUGGAGUCGAGUACAUUCUUCUUCACGCUCAGGAGCCGAUUCUUUAUAUCAUCCGCAAACAACAAAGACAGUCACCGACACAAGUGGUGCCAUUGGCAGAUUUCUACAUCAUAGCUGGAGUCGUUUAUCAGGCCCCUGAUCUGGGAACAGUUAUCAGCUCCCGAACGCUGUCUGCCGUCCAUGGAAUCCAGUCUGCGUUCGACGAGGCCAUGUCUUACUGCCGUUAUCAUCCAUCCAAGGGAUACUGGUGGCAAUUUAAAGACCAAGAAGAGAAAGAAAAAGCCAAACCGAAGUCUAAGAAAAAAGAGGAGCUGAGUUCUUUGUUUCAAAGGCACCGCGUGGACACGCUUCUUAUGGACCUCAGGUCAAAAUUUCCUCCAACCUUCUACCAGCCGAAGCCUGGAGACAAACCCAUUCCAGUUGAGGUGAAGAAGGAGCCAGAAGCUCCCGCAGAAACUGUGAAACAGGAGGAGAGGGAGUCGGCUGCCAAGACAUCAGCCCCCACUCCUUCAAGUAAACCCCCUCCCGAGAAGAGAGCGAGACUUCAGUGACAGCCGUCCUCCUCGCCUGUUGGGACCCCGCCCCCCAAUUCUCUAGCUUUUUCUGAUUCUGGGCUGCAUCAAACUGAACUCUGGGUGCUGUGGGCUUUAAGGAGGGUUCCGGUUGCUGUCGUGGUCUUUAGUGGGGGGGUCACCUGCAGUCAGAAAGCUUUUCAUUGUGGAUGUGCUCGGUGUUUUUCACGGAGUGCAAAGAACAGCUUUUUGCCCCGCAAGCCUCCUGGAUGGAAGAGUCAUGAAGCAUGAUGUCAUUUAAACAUGUAAAAUGCUCAACUAAAAUAUUUUUUAAGAAGGAUUUGGUUCCAGUUGUGAGUCUUGUGUUUCUUAAGGUCAAUUCUUAUACACAUUUAAAAAUAAGCUUUAUUUUUGUGCAUUGUGGUUUUGCUUAUCAUUUACUAUUCUCAAAUAUUCAAGUUGGUCAAUUAUCUUCAAAUAAAAGCAAAAAGAAUGAA